CAUGUACGGGUCUAAUUGCCACCUCUAGCGUUGAUACGCCUCUCAUCAGCCCGUGCGGACAGCGGCAACACCUCGGCCGGCGGCUUGCGUCACGGGCCAAACGUACAGAACAAUUUGAGGUAGGCAAUGGUGCGGGUUUUUGCGGCCGGGCGACUUGGUCCUGGAGGGGAAGGAAGGGAAGAAAAAAAUUGGGGAAGGGGAUAGUGAGGAUAAGAGAGAGAAAAAAAAACGAGGAGAGAGUCAUAGAAACAUGUAAACAAACACCUAAAAAACAGUGAAGAAAACGUAAGGGUGAGGACUUGAAUAUACAUUAUAAAACAUUGGAGGGGCAAAGCACAAGUCUUCCACUUUUAACAUAAAGAUUAAAGCAGCGGUUUAGAGAGUAGACGUAGAAGCCGCACCCGCACCCACCUGUGACCUCACUCAAAUAAAGCCAAUCUUGGAAACAUAAAGAAUGCUGGCUUUUGGAGCUGCCGCCGCUUCCACCGCCACCGCUUCCGCUAUUGCUGCCUCACUCGCCACCGACCCCCCUUGCUCGACGCACGCCUUCAUUCCCUGCACCACCUCCUCUGCUCUUCACCCUGGAACUGUCUCUCUGUUCAACCAAUUGCCGGUGAGGACGUCGUAUAACUUAACGGCGUUUCGAGUUAAAGCCAUGGCGGAAGCUCUUUCCACUGCGAAGCUCGACUCUAAGUCUAAAGUUUCUGGGAAGAGACAAGCGUUGAUUUCAUUGUCAGAUAAGACGGACUUGGCUUUGCUUGGCAAUGGGCUGCAGGAAUUGGGAUUUACAAUUGUUUCCACGGGAGGAACAGCAUCUGCUUUGGAAAAUUCUGGUGUCACUGUCACCAAAGUGGAAGAACUUACCUCUUUACCUGAAAUGCUUGAUGGUCGUGUAAAAACUUUACAUCCUAAUAUACAUGGAGGUAUUCUUGCGAGAAGAGAUCAGGAGCAUCACAUGGAAGCCCUCGAUAGUCAUGGAAUUGGUACAUUUGAUGUAGUAGUGGUGAACUUGUAUCCCUUCUACGACAAGGUUUCCUCUUCUAGUGGAAUUUCUUUUGAGGAUGGAAUUGAGAACAUAGAUAUUGGUGGGCCUGCCAUGAUCAGAGCUGCCGCAAAGAACCAUAAGGAUGUUUUGGUUGUAGUUGACUCCAAAGAUUAUCCAGCACUUAUAGACUAUCUCAAAGGAGCAUCGGAUGACCAGCAGUUUCGGAGGAGGCUGGCUUGGAAGGCCUUUCAGCAUGUUGCUGCUUAUGACUCCGCAGUUUCAGAAUGGCUGUGGAAACAAACUGGGGGAGAUAAGUUUCCUGCCGGCCUGACGGUUCCUUUGUCCCUCAAGAGUUCGCUUCGGUAUGGUGAAAAUCCUCACCAGAAGGCUGCAUUUUAUGUUGACAAGUCUCUUGCGGAGGUCAAUGCGGGUGGAAUUGCAACCGCAGUUCAACACCAUGGGAAGGAGAUGUCCUACAAUAAUUAUUUAGAUGCAGAUGCAGCUUGGAAUUGUGUGUGUGAGUUUAGUAAGCCAACCUGUGUGAUUGUGAAGCACACAAAUCCUUGUGGGGUAGCAUCACGUGAUGAUAUUAUUGAAGCAUACAGGCUGGCUGUGAAUGCGGAUCCAGUUAGUGCUUUUGGUGGCAUUGUUGCCUUCAAUGUUGAAGUUGAUGAGGCUCUCGCAAAAGAUAUUAGAGAGUUUAGAAGCCCAAUGGAUGGUGAAACUCGUAUGUUUUAUGAGAUUGUUGUCGCUCCCAAGUAUUCAAAGAAAGGGCUUGAGGUACUUCGUGGAAAGUCCAAAACUUUGAGAAUCCUCGAGGCAAGUAAAAAUAAUAGAGGAAAACUCUCGUUGAGACAAGUGGGUGGGGGUUGGCUAGCUCAGGAAGCAGAUGAUCUGACCCCAGAAGAUAUUCAGUUCAAUGUUGUUUCAGAGAAGGCUCCAGAAGAAAAUGAGCUUCGUGAUGCCCAAUUUGCAUGGCUUUGUGUGAAGCAUGUUAAGAGUAAUGCCAUUGUUAUUGCAAAGAAUAAUUGUAUGUUAGGUAUGGGAAGUGGGCAGCCAAACCGUCUUGAGAGUUUGAGGAUAGCAAUGAGGAAAGCAGGGGAUGAAGUGAAGGGUGCUGCAUUGGCUAGUGAUGCUUUCUUCCCUUUUGCCUGGAGUGAUGCUGUCGAAGAAGCUUGUAAAAGUGGGGUGGGCAUUAUUGCUGAGCCUGGGGGAAGCAUUAGGGAUGCUGAUGCAAUCGACUGCUGUAACACGUAUGGAGUUUCGCUUCUAUUUACCAAUGUGAGGCACUUUAGGCAUUGAUAGCUUAGGGUAAUAUUUUCUCGUUUUGUUUCGAGACCUCUUGUUUUUAUCAGUUUGUGUUUCUAUUUUUUUUCCUUUUUUGGGUUUUGGGGAGAGGGAAUGAAGGGUGGCAUAAAUUUGGGAGUUCUUGACAGUAACAGUGUUGUACUUCAUUCACUAAUUUGUUCAUUAUAGGUAUUAUAUGUAGUCGGAUAAGCACGCAACAUUAUCAGAUGUGUCGAUUCUGGCUUUAAUAGUUCUUACUGGUUGGCCACUUGUUUUCAAUCAUCAAGUACAUGAAAAUAAACUUUU